UAUAAAAAGAGGAGGGGAAAUCCCGGUGGCAGGCAGCCCGGCACACACACACACGCGCCCUCACACCCCGACAAAAGCAGAUGCACUUUGACUUCUGACAGCUCUACCUCAAGCCCAAGAGAACUCCACGGCGCUUUCCCUGCGAUCCGAGCUCGCUGCGUCGUCCUCUUCCGUCUCCGUCUCCGUUUUAUUUAUUUCUGUUCCCGUCGCCGUUCUCGGUGACCUUCAUUCCUCCGCGGGCUCUGGGCAGAAGAGUCGCCUUCUCGCCGGCCCGAGACUCUUCCUCCCCCAGGAGCUUCAGCGGCGCCACGGUGCCCCGGGGCCUGGGACUCUCAGACUGCACACUCCACCGGGGUGCCGUCCGCCCGGCAUCAGCCUCAUUUUCACCCCCUUUUGAUUUCCUGGUGCGGGUUUUGGCUCGCACACCCAGGGUGUUUCCUCUUUUUGGAGGGGCUGGGGAGCUCUUGCUAUCUUCUGGGGGGGAGUCAUCCCCUAGGCUCUACCUGCUCUUCUCUCUCCCGGCCUCACCUAACCAAACCAAAGACCAUGGUGCACUGUGCCGGCUGCAAAAGGCCCAUCCUGGACCGCUUCCUCUUGAAUGUGCUGGACAGGGCCUGGCAUGUCAAGUGCGUCCAGUGUUGUGAAUGUAAAUGCAACCUGACCGAGAAGUGCUUCUCCCGGGAAGGCAAGCUCUACUGCAAGAACGACUUUUUCCGAUGUUUCGGUACCAAAUGUGCGGGCUGUGCACAGGGCAUCUCCCCUAGCGACCUGGUUCGGAGAGCACGGAGCAAAGUGUUUCACCUAAACUGCUUCACCUGCAUGAUGUGUAACAAGCAGCUGUCCACCGGUGAGGAGCUCUAUAUCAUCGAUGAGAACAAAUUUGUCUGCAAAGAGGAUUACCUGAGCAACAGCAGUGUCGCCAAAGAGAACAGCCUCCACUCGGCCACCACGGGCAGUGACCCCAGUUUGUCUCCAGACUCCCAAGACCCAUCACAGGAUGAUGCCAAGGACUCGGAGAGCGCCAACGUAUCGGACAAGGAAGGGGGCAGCAAUGAGAAUGACGACCAGAACCUGGGCGCCAAGCGGCGGGGGCCCCGCACCACCAUCAAGGCAAAGCAGCUGGAAACUCUGAAGGCGGCCUUCGCUGCUACUCCCAAGCCCACUCGCCAUAUCCGGGAGCAGCUGGCUCAGGAGACUGGCCUCAACAUGCGUGUCAUCCAGGUCUGGUUCCAGAACAGACGCUCUAAGGAGCGGAGGAUGAAGCAGCUGAGCGCGCUGGGAGCCCGGCGCCACGCCUUCUUCCGCAGCCCGCGCCGGAUGCGGCCGCUCGUGGACCGCCUGGAGCCAGGCGAGCUCAUCCCCAACGGACCCUUCUCCUUCUACGGAGAUUACCAGAGCGAGUACUACGGGCCCGGGGGCAACUAUGACUUCUUCCCGCAAGGCCCCCCGUCCUCGCAGGCUCAGACGCCGGUGGACCUGCCCUUCGUGCCCUCGUCCGGGCCCUCCGGGACGCCCCUGGGCGGCCUGGAGCACCCGCUGCCUGGCCACCACCCGUCCAGCGAGGCGCAGCGGUUCACUGACAUCCUGGCGCACCCCCCCGGGGACUCGCCCAGCCCGGAGCCCAGCCUGCCCGGGCCUCUACAUUCAAUGUCGGCGGAGGUCUUCGGGCCCAGCCCGCCCUUCUCAUCACUGUCGGUCAACGGCGGGGCGAGCUACGGGAACCACCUGUCUCACCCGCCCGAAAUGAACGAGGCGGCCGUGUGGUAGCGGGGUCUCGCACGGUCCGCGGAGUUCGCGGUUGUACAGAAACGAACCUUUAUUUAAGAAAAGUAGAAAAAAGAAGAAAAAAAAAGUAAAAGCAAGUCACCCCUCCCCCACCCCUCCCACACACUUCCUUCAACCUCGGGGACCAUUUUCUGUCUGGCGAAUCCAGACAGGAAAGGGGGACAUGAAACAGGAUCAAAAUCCUCCUGGAAGUAGAACUGGGAUUCGUGCUCUGACUGGCAAGGUGCAAAACUGGGGAUCCGGAAGGGUUAUGCAGACCUCUCCCCAUCUUCCACCUGGACCCGGAUCCGGGGACAGACUCCUCGAGCGUGCGCGCCCGGCCGGAGGGCUGCACCGAACCCCCCACGGCGGCGGCGGGGGCGCACGGCCAGUGGUGACGCCGGGAGCCGCGGGGAGGGAGGCCGGGAGCGCAGCCGGGAGAGGGAGGUGGAGCAGCCCGGGGCGCUCCGGGCCGCCCGGAGGGUUCUGGCUCUGGGAAAUCUCUUUCUAGUGUUGUCUGAGUUCAGCAACAGCGACCACAAACUUAUAGCUUCAGAAACGCCGACCUGCUGUGCAUCAGGUGGGACUAUAUAUAUAUAUUUUUUUUUUGUCUAUCUGGGUUUUUGUUUUUUGUUUUUGCCAAAAUUGCAACAUCCUAAAUGUAAAGCCCUCAGUAUCAACUCUUCUACCUUCACAAAGCUCUCCACACACACACACACACACACACACACACACACACACACACAAACACACACACACACCCUCUGGUUAGGAUGGUCUCUAGCCAGACCUCUCAGUAAAAUGACUUGAACAUCAACUGUACAAGAAAGUAUUCUACCUUUACACAUACAAAACAAAAAAAAGUAAAAAAAAAAAAAGACCAAUAAACUAAAAACAGUCAACUGUUUACGUAUAAUGUUAAAUUCAGGAGUUCAGUGUUUUAUUAUUAAUAUAUCCUGUUUUGAAACCUCUUGUUCAAAAACAAAAUGUUUUGAGCAAUCAACCAAAAUUGUUCAUUUUCUCUUCCUGUAGAUGUUCUGACAGAUUUGCAGGGCUUGCAGCUCCCUGUGCUAGUAGGUAAAAAGGUGUUGUUUACACAAGGCAAAGAGAAAACAAGAUAUUCAGACACUUGCCAAAUAGAAUAAUUAUAGCACAAAUACUGUAAAGGUGCCUGGCACCACAACCUGAGAAAGUGUUAAAAAAAAAAAAAAAAGAAAAAAAGUGUUACAAGGUUUAAAAAAAAACCAUCUUUGCUAAUUUUUAGUCCUGUUGAACAUUCAUGGAAUUGUUAAUAUGACUUAUAUAGACCCACACAGGUUUUAUUUUUGUGUCUUUAAAAUGAAAGUCCGAAAUAUUUAAAUUUUAUGGUCAAAUAUGCAGUCAACAGCUGCUACUUUUUUCUUUAUAUAUUAAAUUUCUCAUAUGUCUUUUAUUGUUCUGAAAAACCUAAGCUUGUGUGACCUCCAGUGCAUAUUAGACCAUUCACUGUAUGAAAGAAAACAUGUUGAAUAAAUUUGUGAGUUUUUAAUAAAAAUAGAAAAUCUGAUGUUUA